AUGACCAGGAUUGCGGACGACGUCUGUCCACUGAAGGUCGUCCUUAGUUGGCAAAAAGCGAAUUGUGGUCAUGCAUUGAUUCUGCAGGAGAACGACACAGGAGACAUAUUGUGGGAUGCAUUCGAAGUGCCCGAAUUGGACAAUUUCCUUCGCAUUCUUCGAAUGGAGGAACAGCAAUAUCAAUGGCAAAUUCGACAGCGUUAUUAUCAAUACAGCAUCUUUCAAGUCUGUGAAAUUGACGUCGCCUUUCACAUGAAACCUGUGCUGGUGCCACGGUGCCACGGAUUUCCGUCACUAAGGGAUCCUAGAUGGUAUCAUAUAGAUCUCGAGCUACGUAGAAGAGGCUAUAGUAACUGGGAGUAUGUUGACGAACCGCCGACAGAAUUAGCUCCACCAGUGCCGACUGGAGAGAAGAAUGAGUAUGGAACCGGCGGUAGCAUGGUCGUCAGCGACGUCUUCAACACAAUCGGACAGGAACAGCUAUCACCUGAAGAGUUAUACAACUCGGUAGAUGGUGAUAUCAAUGACCCCACUUAUGUGAAUCUAAACUUUCUUAAAUCACAACAUAUGCAGCAGUCAACGAUGUUAUGA